GCAAUGCAACUGUCUGUGAAGUCAUGAAAAGAUGAAGGGACGGCGAUUUUCUUCUCACGAUAACACCGAAUGAGAUUUUGAACAUUUUGUGUCGCUGGCAGAAUAUUGUCUUGUCCGGUCGGUGCAUUUGAAUUAAACCCCGGCGACAAUCCAGAAUGGAGCAAGCGGCAGCCGCGCGCAUAUGAUCUUGGCACACUAGACGUGACAGCGGCCGACAUUAUAGCAUCCCCCCAACAGGUUAAGGCUGUUUCAUUUUCGAGAGACGAGAGGCGACCGUGCAGCCAUAACCAUGUCCUCGAGAGAAAGACCAAAAGGAAUUAUGACCAAAGACAGUGUUAGCUUGUUGCCUUGCUUCUAUUUCGUGGAGCUCCCCAUCCUGGUGUCGUCGGUGGUGAGCCUCUACUUUGUGGAGCUGACGGACAUUUUCAAGCCUGUGCGCUCGGGGUACAUCUGCAACGACCGGAGUCUGAGCCUUCCCUACAUCGACCCCACCCACGAGGUCAUCCCUCUCCUCAUGCUGCUCUCUCUUGCCUUCUCCGGACCCGCCAUCACGAUAAUGAUCGGAGAGGGGAUUCUGUUCUGCUGUCUCUCCCGGAGGAAGAACGGGGUCGGGGCCGAGGCCGAUAUCAACGCCGCCGGCUGUAACUUCAACUCCUUCAUACGACGAGUAGUCCGGUUUGUCGGGGUGCACGUGUUCGGCCUGUGUGCCACAGCUCUCAUCACUGACAUCAUCCAGCUGGCCACAGGCUACCAUGCGCCCUACUUCCUGACCGUGUGUAAGCCCAACUACACCACCCUGAACCUCACCUGCGACCAGAACUCCUACAUCCUGGACGACAUCUGCUCCGGAGCCGACCUCACCAUCAUCAACCAGGGAAGGAAAACCUUCCCCUCACAGCACGCCACCCUGGCGUCCUUCGCUGCCGUCUACGUCUCGAUGUACUUCAACAGCACACUGACAGACUCCUCCAAGCUGCUGAAGCCCUUGCUGGUCUUCUCCUUCAUCAUGUGUGGCAUCAUCUGCGGCCUGACCAGGAUCAUCCAGUACAAGAACCACGCCAUCGACGUCUACCUGGGCUUCCUGCUCGGUGGAGGCAUCGCCGUCUACCUGGGACUGUAUGCCGUGGGGAACUUCCAGCCCAACGAGGAGAUCUGCUGCCCGCCUCCCCCGCCUCCCCAGCGUCCCACCUGCACCCUCCCCCACAUCAGCCAGGAGGCCGGGCGCCACCUGCAGGCCAAGGGCUGCGGCGGCGACCGAGGCUUGUCCGCCUCCCACUCGGAGGGCGUCCUGCACCGCAACCUCCGCCACUGCCCCAAUGACCCGGCGGGCAGCCUGAAGAGGUCGAGCGCCGACGCGGAGGCCGUCUCGCCCCGCGGCCCCCCGUGUCACGACAGCCUGGUGACCUUCAGCCACACCCUGCCGCGGGCGCACACGCCGGCGCCGCUGGAGGAGGCGGCCCGGCGCGGCGUCCACGCCACCAUGGACUCCAGCCGCUCCAAGCAGCUGCUGUCCCAGUGGAAGAGCAAGAACGAGGGGCGCAAGUCGUCCCUGCAGAGCCCCCACGCCUCCGACUCCUGCUCCUCCUCGGAGAUGGGGGGCCAGCUCCCGCCCCCGCACCUCUACCACCACGGCAGCAUGGAGCUCCGCUCCUGCCCCGACCCCUCGGCCAUGGGCCUGGGCCUGGGCAUGAACGGAGGAGACCACCUGUACCCGCACCCCUACCUGGCGGCAGGCUCCAGCAACACCCUGCCCAGCAACUGCAGCGGGCUGACGGGGGGAGCUCGGAUGUCCAUGCAGUCCAGACCCGGCUCCUCCCAGCUGGUUCACAUCCCUGAGGAGACCCACGAGAACUUCAACAGCUCCUCCCCCAGGUCCGCCAGCACCACGGGGGAGGACGUCGCGGCCAACGGCUCCGCCCGCGACAACUGGAUGAAGGCGGCCGAGAAGAGCGGCGCCCCCUCGAGGGCGAACGGAGGAGGGCCGGGCCAGCCCCGGAUCAUGCAGGUCAUCGCCAUGUCCAAACAGCAGGGGCUCCUCCACUCCAAGAGCCUGGACGAGAGCAGCAUCGGCUGUGAAGGGACUUGCCAGGCUGGGUCCGGCCCGGGUCGGUAUCGCUCCCUGACCGACCAGGACCCUCCCAGCGCUCCGGGCAGCACGCUGGGCAGCACGGUGGGCAGCAUCUCCGGAAGCACCGGGGCCAUCGUGAGGGUGGAGGCCCACCCCGAGAACCACCUACCCCUGGUCCAGGCUCUGUCCGUGGACGGGAGCGGCUCGUGGAGGUGGAGGUCCCAGGAUGGAGGGGGUGGUGGAGGUGGAGGAGGAGGAGGAGGAGGGUGUAGUGUCCGUCAGUCCUUCGAACUCAAUGACCUCAACAGAGACUCGGAGAGUUCCGAGUCGGCCAGGGACGGCACCAUGGAAAGGAAGAGAGUGACGGUUCAAAACCCCCACAACCCCCACGGCGCUAACAGCACCCCAGUCGCCACCCAGAGUCAACACCCAGGGGACCCGCGCCUCCAGACCCAGCCCAUCACCACCAUAAGGGUCACCCCUGUGGAGGGGAGUGGGGUCGGGGGCGGAUACGCUGCUUCGGACUCGGCUCCUUCAGUGGCGUCCAGUCGGGACUCAACUCUCCGGAGGAAAGGGAAUAACAUCAUUCUGAUCCCAGAGAGGGGAACCAGCCCAGAUACGACCCGGAAUAUCUUCUACAAGGGGACAUCAUCCACCCCUGCUUUUAAGGAAUGAUUUCUUAAAGACACACUACACUGGAUAUUAGUGACGUCGAUAUAAACGCGAGAGCAUUCGUUACGGUCUCUGACUAUAGUAUGUUUACAGCCACCCUCAGUCAGUGAUUUGAGUCGGUUUGUCGCGAUAUCCAGAUGUAUUUGAUCGACCAAACAGGCAUGUAUUUCGCUCACACUUAAGCACAAAUCCUUUUAGUGUUCUAUAGGUUUGCCUUUUCUUCAUUACUUAUGCUGUCACUGACACAUGAUAGGAAUGGUGUAGCAUUGAUAUUGUGCCAGGGUCAUUUUGAAACUAUAGUUUGAGUUGAAUAAGUGUUUAUAUUCAACAUGUUUACCUUUUCACAUAAAAUAGCUAUUAUGUAAAGAUAGAGUGAAAUAUUAGACUUGUGCACCAUAACUGUGGAAACAAACUUUUUUUUUUGCACUUUUCUCCUAAUGUAAAUAUUGUAUUUUUACUUGGUGCUAAACCACUCGCACUAUUUAGAUUAAUUACAUAAUCUAACAAAAAAAUUACAUUAUUUUGCAAAGAUUGAUGGUUACUAUCUUCAUAACAGAAAGACAAAUACCUUUUGUAUGAUACUUUCUGGUAUACAAAUUCCAUAUAACCUAGAGAAAACUGUGUUGAUGACCAAAAGUGCUUGGUAUACUUACUGUAGCUAUGACUUCAAUAUGCUGUGAAAUGCACUGAUGUUUAUUUUUUACUCUAGUGUCCUUUACAAUGACAUUGUUGUGUUCCCUUUAUAGAAAUAUCCUACCCAUGGCACACAGUACAGACAUCAGGUAUAUAUAUAUUUCCAAAUAUCACACUCAGAUGACAAGGAUGGCCCUUCUUUGAUACUUGGGUGGGUGUGUGAGACCCAGGUUGACUCUUAACUGUGACGGUUGGUUAGGGUUCAACAGAGAUCUCACAAAGCAACGCCGCAUUUGAGUCCAUUUUCAUUUUCUCUCCAUGUAAAGCACUGUUCUCACCUAAUGAAAUAUAUAUCAUCUAAGUUAGACUGUAGCAUAGGACAGAUAUAUCCUCUGUUCGAUCCUCCUUGUAAGUUUACCAGUUGAGUAGACACCGUCAAGUAGAGUGGAUAUUCUACUGUGUUAUUGUUCGACCAGAGCACUCUAUGUCAUAUAUUUCUGCUGCAGAAUGUGAGUUGUUUUGAGCAAAAUAAAAAUAGAAAAGUAUUUUUUUCCCCACAAAGACCUUGACACUGUAUCCUGGCUAAUAUUAGCUAUCAGAAGUGACUAACCCUUAGAAGUGUGUUACGAAUCAUGUGCAUAUCAGUGACAAAUAAUUGAAUUAAUAAAUAGUUAAUUCAUUUUCA